ACAAUGACCCGAUAGUGCAGCACACAUCUCGGAGGGCGGACACAGAGAUGGCUCCUGUCUUUGCGGCCGCGUAGCCGCGCGGGCCAUGUCCCUCCCUUCGCGGCGCACCGGCCUUGGCUCCUAGCUGCUGGCUGACAGGCGCUGACACACCCACCAUUUUUCCAAAGCCCUCAGGGCCUCAACUGCACGCGCCUGCCGCUGCCGCCCGGGGACGCUGCGAAGCCGGGCCUCAAUGGUGUCGUAAAAAACGUCGCAAAAGCGUCCUUCCUUGGCGGUUCCAGGCCACCUGUAUAAGCCGAACGUGCCGAGGUCUGAAUAUUAGUAUGGAGGCAGCAGUGGCCGUUCAUCUCCGGUGUUGCUGGGGCUCUAGGGAGAAGCAGCUGGCUGGGCCCCCGGUCUGCUGAGCUUUCCCCACCUGCGUCCCCGUGGCGCGGCCGCAGGCCAUGCUAGCGUGGCGUCUGGCGCGCGGUUCCUGGGGGUCCCUGCGCGUGGCCGCAUGGGCGCCGGGGGCGCGGCUGGGCAAGGGGCGCGCCCGCGUGGCUCUGCUGCCGCCCGCGUCCUGUUUCCUGGGGUGCCUGGCCGAGCGCUGGUGGCUGCGCCCUGCCGCGCUCGGCCUGCGGCUGCCGGGGACCGGCCCGCGGAACCACUGCUCCGGCGCGGGCAAGGCGGCCCCGGGGCCUGCGGCCGGAGGAGAUGCCGCCGCGGAGGCCCCGGGCGGCCGGUGGGACCCGGCGAGCGCCGCCAGCCCGUAUGAAAAUCCAUGGACAAUCCCAAAUAUGCUGUCAAUGACGAGAAUUGGCCUGGCCCCAGUUUUGGGCUAUUUGAUUAUUGAAGAAGAUUUUAAUGUUGCACUAGGAGUUUUUGCUUUAGCUGGGCUAACUGAUUUGUUGGAUGGAUUUAUUGCUCGAAACUGGGCCAAUCAAAAAUCAGCUUUGGGAAGUGCUCUUGAUCCACUUGCUGAUAAAAUACUUAUCAGUAUCUUAUAUAUUAGCUUGACCUAUGCAGAUCUUAUUCCAGUUCCACUUACUUAUAUGAUAAUUUCAAGAGAUGUAAUGUUGAUUGCUGCUGUUUUUUAUGUCAGAUACCGAACUCUUCCAACACCGCGAACGCUAGCUAAGUAUUUCAAUCCUUGCUAUGCUACUGCUAGGUUAAAACCAACGUUCAUCAGCAAGGUGUUUUACAGCUUUCACCACAGCUGCAUCAGCUUACAGUUAUUAUUAUUAUGGUCGGAAAACUGUUCAGGUGAUAAAAGGCAGAUGAAAGUCACCCAUCACCAUUAGCAAGGGAGCGAUACACAUCGGCAGCAGCGCCAGUGGAAAUCUACAGGAGUUUCCCUGUUCUGAUGUUCAGCUUGAAAAGGGACUUGUCAGAACAAACCAUGUCAUCAGAAUCGAAGUGAUGUGCAUUGAAAAUGAGCUUGAUCAUGGCAUACGCAGAAUUUCCAGUGUAUUUUUAAAUACAAAUAAAACUAUAAUUUAGAAUUUUUAAUCUUAGGUUUCUGGAUUAAUUUUUAAGAGGUGGCUUAUUCCAAUUAUUGUCAGUUUUUUAAAUUUUUUUUUUAAAGUAGUUCAGAGCAUGAAAACUGAAGAGUUGGCAUUUCUCUAAGCAGAAUUAAGAUUGCUCACAAAGUAGUAAGGAAUUUCCUAGGAUUAAAUAUAUAUCCUACACAACUUCACUGUAUGUUUUUAUAUUUGAUUUUUAGAUCUGUGUACGCAUUAACAGUCCAUGUGCUUAACAUAUGAUCAUUUAGAAUAAGAAUAAAGCUAGCUUAGCUGUGGAUGAAGUUGUAAAGAGAUUUAAAAUGCAGUAAGUUUUAAAUGUGAAAAUAAGUAAGAUUAACAAAAUAGAAGGUAUUGAAGUUCAUCAGUAGUCUUCCAACCUCUCAGGUACCUAAUAGUUUAUGUAUCAGGUAACAAAGGUUAUUGAAAUAUGAGAACAUGUCCAUUUGCCUUUGCAUCUAAAAGGCAAAAUUAUACCUUCCCACUGUGUUUCUAAUGUAGCAAUGUUUAUGAUAUUGGAAUCUGUACUCAU